AUGGCCAACAACUACAAUAAUGACGCCUAUUAUGGCACUUCCCCUCAGUUCCCCUUGGGCUCGUCAACGAGUUCUAGUCAACCCAACGAGUCUCAGCGUGCCUUCGACCGCUCCAACCCCGAGAUGAUGACCUUUGCGCCGUCGGAUCCCCUUCGCUUGGGGGACUAUGCCUUUUCACAACCUCAUGGAUCGGACAUGCUGCUGAGCAGCGUGCCGCCAGGUGCACUCGAAUCGCACGCCAACGAACUGCUUCCUUCAUCCGCUUCUAACCUUCCCGUGAGUACCGCGCAUCUAGCGGACCGGCUGUCCAACGCUCUGUUUGCCUACGAUCCGCUCUCAGGCAUCGGGAGUUCCAUGUCCAUGGCCUUGGACGCUGCCAGUGCGUUUGCUUACGACCCUUCCUCCGGAUAUUCUCAAGCCACCGCCCCCUUCGAAAAUCCCUUCAAUCGGCAAGCGAUACCCCAGCGACCGUCCUUCCACCCCCCGACCCUGGGCCUGGAGCCCUCGGUCUCGUACACACAGGGGUCGACCCGCAAUUCAUACUGGGCAUCGUCGUUGGAGGCAAAGGAAAUGAACACCACGAUUCAAGCCGCGGCCAUGACCAACCGAUCCAACUCGAGUAACUCCAAAUCGACGGAUUCCUCGCGAACCCAGCAGUUACCGCACCGGCGACGACCGGACCCUCCACCCCCCACCCAGGUGUCGAGCCAUGGGGCUUCUCAUCGAUAUAUUCAGCCGAAGAGGCCGUCGCCGAUGAAGAACUCCAGUGGAAAGUCGGCGACUGGCGGCGAAACCACCCCUUACACCAGCAUAUAUUCCAGCAGUGGAAUCAACAUGAUGAGUAUACUGGCCGAGGUUGUAUCGAGACCGGACCCCAAAAUCAACAUCGGUGCUGUAGAUCUAUCGUGUGCAUUUGUCCUCUGCGACAUUUACCAAGAGGAUCACCCCAUCGUAUACGUGUCGGAUGCCUUCGUGCGGUUAACUGGAUAUACGGAAGACGAGAUUGUUGGCCAUAAUUGUCGUUUCCUCCAGGACCCCAACGGUCAAGUGCAAGCGGGCACUGCCCGGAAAUUCGUCGAUCAACAAACCGCCUUUCGGUUGCGGUCGACGAUCGAGGACCGCAAUGAGAUCCAGGCCACGCUCAUCAACUACAGAAAGGGCGGCCAGCCAUUCAUGAACUUGAUCACAAUGAUUCCCGUUCGGUGGACUUCCCCCGACUAUCGAUUCUAUGUCGGAUUUCAGGUUGACCUGGUGGAGAAACCCGAUGCGAUUACCAGAAGGAAUCCAAAUGGUACUUAUAUGAUCAACUACCAACGCAACCAACUGCCCAACUACGUGGUGCCGCCUCCUGAUAUCUAUCGAACGCACCCGGAUCUCGCUACUUACUUCAGUCCCGACCAGGUGUCGACGAUUCUCGAUAACUUGGCCUCCUCCGAUCCGAAUCAUCAGCAGUACCUCGACCGCGUGCUGGUCGAGAAUACCGAUGACGUCAUUCAUGUCCUAUCCCUCGAUGGUGAAUUCCUGUAUCUAUCCCCGUCCUGCCGCAAAGCGCUGGAGUACGACUCGUACGAGCUGGUGGGUAAGACUCUAUCAACCGUCUGCCAUCCCAGCGAUAUCGGUCCGGUGAUCCGCGAACUGCGAUCGUGUACUAGUUCGGAUCCGAUCAGUGUAAUGUACCGGAUCCGGACCAAGUUCAGCGGCUACGUCUGGUUCGAGAGCCACGGCGCGUGGCACAUCAGCGAUCGCGGUCGGCAGUACAUGGUCAUGACAGGCAGGGUCCGCCCGGUGUACCAUCUCGACCAGAUUGCGAAGAUUGGAGACGGGGGCUUGGCGGAGAACGAUCUUUGGGCCAAGCUCUCGAUCUCGGGCAUCAUUCUCUUCAUAUCUUCCAAGGCUCGUCCGGUGUUGGGCCGACUUCCGGAUGAUCUCGUUGGAAAGAGCAUCCAGGACUUGAUCGGGCCCGACUCCCGGCUCGAGGCACAGCAGGCGCUCGAGGUGGCUCGGACGGGUCAACAGACGAGCUUCAACCACAAGAUCCGGCACAAGAAGGGUCACAUGUUGCAAGCCCAAACCGUCCUAUACCCGGGAGACACCAAGGAGGGCACGAAACCUUCCUUCUUGGUGGCGCAGUUGCGCUUCCCCAAGUCACCCCAGGCUGAAGAUGUUGUUUCCACGGACUUGCCAGCUGUGAUGUCUACCGGCGACAUUAGCGUCGUGGGACGCAAGGACGGCGCGGCGGCGGAUCAAUCCACGUACGAUAUGUCAGCGUUGGUGGGUUCGAACUCCCUGCCCUCUGGCAAUCAGUACAUACCCGAUCUUGGGGAGUCAUCGCUCUUCACGGAGUUGAGCCCGACCCGGGGGUCGAGCUGGCAGUUCGAGCUUCGCGAACUGGAGAAACAAAACCGCAUCCUGUCGGAUGAAGUGCAGCGGCUUCUCGCGCGGCGCAAGAAGCGCAAGAGGAAGCAGAGCACGGUCCCCGUGGAGAAGAGCUGCGCAAUGUGUCAGACGCGCACGACGCCCGAAUGGCGGAGGGGACCGAGUGGCAAUCGCGAUCUCUGCAACAGCUGCGGGCUACGGUGGGCCAAACAGGUCCGCAACGCAGCCCAGGCAGCGGCGUGA